AUGAGCUGGAGCUUCCUCACGCGGCUGCUGGAGGAGAUCCACAACCACUCCACCUUCGUGGGGAAGCUGUGGCUCACCGUGCUCAUCGUCUUCCGUAUCGUUCUCACUGCCGUAGGGGGAGAGUCCAUCUAUUAUGAUGAGCAGAGCAAGUUUGUGUGCAACUCGGGUCAGCCGGGCUGCGAGAAUGUCUGCUACGACGCCUUUGCACCUUUAUCUCAUGUCCGUUUCUGGGUUUUCCAGAUCAUCUUGGUGGCCAUGCCCUCUCUCAUGUAUAUGGGCUACGCCAUUAACAAGAUUGCUCGAUUGGAAGAAGCCAAAGGAGGAGGUAGCACCACAACAACAGUCAGAACAGGAGGGGGUUACACACACAGAAAGCCUCGGAAGAUCUGCUUUGGAGCUCGGCAGCAUCGGGGCAUUGAGGAGACCGAGGAGGACCAGGAAGAUGAUCCCAUGAUUUAUGAGGUACCAGAGAUCGAGCCCCCAAAAAGGCCACGAGAUCCACUACAACCCACACCUAGACCCAAGGUCCGCCAUGAUGGACGCAAACGUAUCCGGGAUGAGGGGCUGAUGCGCAUUUAUGUUUUACAGCUUGUGACUCGUACAGUCCUAGAGGCAGGCUUCCUUGCGGGCCAGUACUUGUUGUAUGGAUUUCGUGUGGCUCCUGUAUUUGUGUGCUCGGGGAAGCCUUGCCCCCACAGUGUUGAUUGCUUUGUGUCGCGGCCUACAGAGAAGACCAUCUUUCUGCGUAUCAUGUAUGGUGUCACUGUCCUCUGCCUCACACUCAACGUUUGGGAGAUGCUCCACUUAGGCAUUGGGUCCAUCUGUGAUAUCCUGCGCCGUAGGCGCUGCCCGCCCCAAGAGGAUGAGUACCAGUUGGGCUUGCUUGGCAGCAAUGGGGGCGUGGAAGGAUCCGUAGGGGUGCCAGGGCCUGAGGCAGGUUCUGGGGGUGGGGUGGUUGGAGAUGGGGGUGCUGAUUAUGUUGGCUACCCUUUCUCCUGGAACACCCCAUCAGCUCCACCGGGCUACAACAUUGUGGUGAAGCCAGAGCAGAUCCCCUACACAGACCUUAGCAACGCCAAGAUGGCAUGCAAGCAGAACCGGGCAAACAUCGCCCAGGAGGAGCAGCAGCAGUUUGGCAGCAACGAGGAUAAUUUCCCCACUGGAGGGGAGGCCCGAGUGGCCCUGAACAAAGACAUGAUCCAACAAGCUCAUGAGCAACUGGAGGCAGCCAUCCAGGCCUACAGUCAGCAGCACCGGGUGGAGGAGCAGCUUGGGGACAGCCAGGAUGACAAGCCCCAGAGUAACAUCAUCCAGGCCCAGCCUCAGCCACAGCCUCAGCCACAAAAGGAGCGAAAACACAGAUUCAAGCAUGGGAAAGGAGGCAGCAGCGGAGGAGGCAGCAGCAGCAACAGCAGCAGCAGCAAAUCAGGAGAGGGGAAGCCCUCUGUAUGGAUUUAACCCUCCUCUACACCCAAACUGAUACAUACUGAUACAUUCAAACCAUGUAAAUAUUAGGGAAGGGGAUAAAGAGCUGUUCUAGUCUCUCUUGGAUAUUUAAACACCAUAGUGCCUUUAAGUAUCCUGCAAGCUGGAGAAGAUGUGUGUUUGUGUACUAAGGUGUGUUAAGAACCUAUGUGGUGUUGCAGCUGACAGUUUGUUUUGUCUGGGCUAUCACUGUCUAACUUGAAACAUCACACCAACACAAACGAUACUUGGCAACAGUCUGUCGUUUACAUGUCUUGUCUUCCUCAAGUCCUGAAGCAGACUCUUGACCUCUGUUGUCUUCCUGUUCAUCCAUUCUUAGGGAUUUUGAGCCGAGGAAAAUUACUGAAUGAUAAUGAGUUCCGUUGCAGUCCAGAUUGAUCCCAGAUUUGGCUUAGCUAAUUUUCUGGCUGGUCCUCUGCAAAGACACUGACUUCAUAACACAUUGGCAUCAUAAUUCUUGGACAUUAAAAUGCAAUGGCGUCGUAAUGAAGUAUCGCCAUAAUGCAAAGGCAAUAGAAUGCAAUGUCUUCACUAUCCCCCAACAGGCUAAAGCAAUGACUCCAUGCUGUAAUGACUUCAUAAUGCAACGUCAUAUUAAUGCAAAGGCAAUAAAAUGCAACAACAUCAUAAUGCAAUGGCAGCGCCUAAAGCAAUGACUUCAUAACGACAACCUUUGUCACCCUGCCGAAGGCUCCUAUCAGCUGUGUCCUGUCAGUCGCCGUGUUGUGUGUCAGCUCUUUCUCCAAGGUCGGUGAUGUUUUGUUGCUGUGACUUUGCGUUGGAUUGUGAGUUUGUGAAUGUUUAGUGUGUUUUAUGAUUAUAUAGUGCUAUACCAGCUGCCACUCAGGAUCUGGUGAGUACAGCAAGUGGUUUCUUACCCCAGUCUAUAUAAUUCAAAUAAUGGGAUUUCCAG